ACCAAGCGGUAAUUAUUUCCGUUUAAUGUCGUGGUUCGUCCGGUUAUUCUUAAUUCUCAACAACUGCCUAACCAAAGUGUCAAACGAUACCAAAUACAUAAAAUACAAGUAGAAACUAAAAAUGCCAAUUUGAUUCGUCAGCAUAAAUAAAACAUUUCAAUAAAUUAAUCAUUUCGGUACAAACCCAAUCAUUUUUUGUUGUAUCAAAUUUUUAAGUCGCGAAUGUAAUUUGUGCCACUGUGCACUGUGAAAUAUUUUCGUCAUUUUAAAAACAAUCAAUUCGCCAGCUAUACGCAAAAGUUGAGAAAGAUCAUUUAUUUCGUUCCUGAGAAAUGAGCUCGGGUUUUAUUUCCGAGGCUGAAAUAGCCGAACAGCGAAGAAUACGUCAAGAGGAAUGGGAUCGUGUCAGGACAGCUGAUCAGCCACAAGAGGCCCCAGAGGAAAAGUACGAUCCGAGAUCCCUUUUUGACAGACUUCAAGAACAAAAAAAUAAGCGGGAUAUGGAAUAUGAGGAAGCGCACAAAUUGAAAAACAUGAUAAAAGGCCUUGAUGAUGAUGAAGUGGAAUUUCUUGACCUUGUGGACCGAACUAAGCUGGAAGAAGAACGCAAAAAAAAUAUGGAGGAGGAAAAAGAGAUGAGAGACUUCAAAGCAGCGGUUGCAUCUCUGCAAGAGAAAUCCAUGGAUGAAAAGUUGAAGCAAGAACUGAAAAAGCCUCAAAAUAUCGUUAAAAAUCCUUCAGGAACAAGUGGGAAAAAUUCUCAGCUGCGAUUAUUGGCAGGGGUGAUAGUGAAAAAAUCAGGCCAAGAAGCGAGAGGAACCAAGAGAAAAAUAUCAGAAACUGAAGAGAGCAAAGAUGGUGAUAAAAUGGAAAAACUUGAAUCGUUAUCAAGAAAAGAAACAAGGAUAGCAAGUGCAGAGAAAAGUACUAGCGAGGAAAAAACUGUCAAUAUGAUAGAGAAAGCAGAAAUUUCGCCAGGGCUGAAGUGCAUUGGAAUACUACCAGGGCUUGGAUCCUAUUACGAUGACUCUAGCGAUAGUGAUUGCAGUAGUUCGGACUUAGAACACGAACAAGAAUCUAGCUCUACAAAGUAUGAUCUUUUAGGCAGAAAAAUUGAAAUACAGAUCGUAAAUAAGAACAAGAGUUAAGGUAGUUCUGUACUUGAAAUCUUAAGAACUGGGUGAAAUUUAAAUAUGGUGUAAUAAUAUAGCCUUCAUGAACUGACUAUCAAAAUUUCAAAUCGAUUCACCAUUUCAUUUUCGAGAUAUUCGCGAUUAAAAACGGGUCAUUUUGUACGCGAUGCCUAUAAAAAUACCUAACACGUUACUGGAUAGCAUUUUGUUUACAUUUUUUAUUACCAACGAAAAACGGAUCUUACGACUUUAAAAUAAAACCAGUCGCGUGUAUUCAGUACCAUUGUGGGAUUAAUAUUUUUAAAAAAUGGGAAUUUUUUACCAUCUAUUUUGGGGGGUGUCGACUGAUGAACUGUGUUAGUUUUACGUGACGCAGAACGGACGCAUGACCAGCUGAGACGUGAUUGUGUAGGACAGGCAGAGUGUACAAGCUUUGACAAAACCGUGUAGCCGGGCAACACCGUAUAAGCAUUGAAUUUCAUUGUACGCCGCGACCCAAACUUUUAGCUCGUACGUGUACAUACAGAACUACCUUAAGCCAUAAACUGAACAGACAAAAAUGCAAUCAAUAAAAGCAAAAAAGAAUUACUGAUUGCUGAUGAAGAAUUGCUGAUGGAUGUAGCAUGAAUAUCAUUUUGAACAUUCGUUGAACGUGAAUUAUCGAAUCACGUAAGAGUACCUACAAUUUAGAUAUAUAUGAACAUAACUAAAAAACAAAAUAUACACGAAUAAAUUUAAUUGUAACGAAACUGUAAGGAUCAUUCUCAAUAUUCCAAGUUUUAUACAAACGAGGCUACUUACAUUUAUCGAGCAAUAGAAUUUUUUUGUGAACAAAA